CCGCCGCCGAGCGAGGGCGAGGAGAGCACCGUGCGCUUCGCCCGCAAAGGCGCCCUCCGGCAGAAGAACGUGCACGAGGUGAAGGACCACAAAUUCAUCGCUCGCUUCUUCAAGCAACCCACCUUCUGCAGCCACUGCACCGACUUCAUCUGGGGCUUCGGGAAGCAGGGAUUCCAGUGUCAAGUCUGCUGCUUUGUUGUGCACAAGCGUUGCCAUGAGUUUGUCACGUUCUCCUGCCCUGGUGCGGACAAGGGCCCAGCCUCUGACGACCCCCGGAGCAAGCACAAGUUUAAGAUCCACACCUAUUCCAGCCCCACCUUUUGUGACCACUGUGGAUCGCUGCUGUAUGGACUCAUCCACCAGGGGAUGAAGUGUGACACCUGUAUGAUGAAUGUCCACAAGCGCUGCGUGAUGAAUGUCCCCAGCCUCUGUGGCACCGACCACACGGAACGCCGCGGCCGCAUCUACAUCCAGGCUCACAUUGAAAGGGAGGUCCUCAUUGUUGUCGUAAGAGAUGCUAAAAAUCUUGUACCUAUGGACCCCAAUGGCUUGUCAGAUCCCUACGUUAAACUGAAACUGAUUCCUGAUCCCAAAAGUGAGAGUAAGCAGAAGACCAGGACCAUCAAGUGCUCUCUCAACCCCGAGUGGAACGAGACCUUCAGAUUUCAGCUGAAGGAAUCAGACAAGGACAGAAGACUCUCCGUAGAGAUCUGGGAUUGGGACCUGACCAGCAGGAAUGACUUCAUGGGAUCUCUGUCAUUUGGGAUUUCGGAACUGCAGAAGGCCGGGGUGGAUGGCUGGUUUAAGCUACUGAGCCAGGAAGAGGGCGAGUACUUCAAUGUGCCUGUGCCACCAGAGGGAAGCGAAGGCAAUGAAGAGCUGCGGCAGAAGUUUGAGAGAGCCAAGAUCAACCAGGGUACCAAAGCUCCAGAAGAAAAGACAGCCAACACCAUCUCCAAAUUUGACAACAAUGGCAACAGGGACCGGAUGAAACUGACCGAUUUUAACUUCCUGAUGGUGCUGGGGAAAGGCAGCUUUGGCAAGGUCAUGCUCUCAGAGCGGAAAGGCACAGAUGAGCUCUAUGCCGUGAAGAUCCUGAAGAAAGACGUGGUGAUCCAAGAUGACGAUGUGGAGUGCACGAUGGUGGAGAAGCGGGUGCUGGCCCUGCCUGGGAAGCCGCCCUUCCUGACUCAGCUCCACUCCUGCUUCCAGACCAUGGACCGCCUGUACUUUGUGAUGGAGUAUGUGAACGGGGGUGACCUCAUGUACCACAUCCAACAAGUUGGCCGGUUCAAGGAGCCCCACGCAGUAUUUUAUGCUGCAGAGAUCGCCAUCGGUCUGUUCUUCUUACAGAGCAAGGGCAUCAUUUACCGUGACCUAAAACUUGACAACGUGAUGCUGGAUUCUGAGGGGCACAUCAAGAUCGCGGACUUUGGCAUGUGUAAGGAGAACAUCUGGGAUGGGGUGACAACCAAGACUUUCUGCGGCACUCCGGACUACAUUGCCCCAGAGAUAAUCGCAUAUCAGCCCUAUGGAAAGUCUGUGGACUGGUGGGCAUUUGGAGUGCUGCUCUAUGAAAUGCUGGCCGGCCAGGCACCCUUUGAAGGGGAGGAUGAGGAUGAACUGUUCCAGUCCAUCAUGGAGCACAAUGUGGCAUAUCCCAAGUCCAUGUCCAAGGAAGCUGUGGCCAUCUGCAAAGGGCUAAUGACCAAACACCCAGGCAAGCGUCUGGGUUGUGGACCUGAAGGGGAACGAGACAUUAAAGAGCAUGCAUUUUUCCGGUAUAUUGACUGGGAGAAGCUCGAACGCAAGGAGAUUCAGCCACCAUAUAAACCAAAAGCUAGAGACAAGCGAGACACCUCCAACUUCGACAAAGAGUUCACCAGGCAGCCUGUGGAACUGACUCCCACUGACAAACUCUUCAUCAUGAACUUGGACCAAAAUGAAUUUGCUGGCUUCUCAUAUACUAACCCAGAGUUUGUCAUUAAUGUGUAGGUGAAUGCAGAUUCCAUUGCUGAGCCUGGGUGUAAGACUUCAGGCCGAGUGUCUGUGACCAAUUCCAGUCUUCCAGGAUUCAUGCCCCCACUGGCAUCCAUCAUGUGGAGAGCUUGUCUUAGAGGGCUUUUCUUUGUACGUAUAGCUUGCUAGUUUGUUUUCUACAUUUGAAAAUGUUUAGUUUAGAAUAAGCGCAUUACCCACUGAUAUAGGUACAGGUUUCCAGACUUCCAGAAACUCACCCAACGAACCAACAGUGUCAAAAACUUAACUGUGUCCGAUACCAAAACGCUUCGGUAUUUGUAAUUUUUAAAGCCAGACGCUGAUGUUCCUGGUCGAAGUUUUUACGGUUCCUGUCUACUACCCCUUUGAAUGCCACCUCAGCAUGACCUACGGUAUUUUUAAAAGUCGUGAAUAAAGCUUUGCAGUUCCUGUGAACUCUUGUCUCUUGGAGGAAACUUUUUGUUUAAGAAUUGGUAUGAUUAAACUGAAUUCAUACAUGCGAA